CCUUAAACGCCGAACCAGAACCAUUCAUCUCUCCCCUCCUUCAGGCUUCACAUCCGGGUCAUCCGCCAGUAUCUGUCUCCUGCGUCUGGUCUGUCUGUGUGUCUGACAGAGGAAGAAUUAUUUCUGCCGCCGCCGCCGCCGAGCUCUACUGCAGCCCUCCGUCCGACUGCGCGGCUCGCCGAGCGGACACUGCGCCUGGCGUGCACCGCUGACGAUGGAGCCACGGGUGCCGUGAAGCCGCUGCAGCCGCUCGCAACGAAAGGCAGAGAUGAGACGGUAGGACCGGAGGCUGUUGUAUGGGCUAGCCCGCGGAGAUCUCACUCGCCCUAACCAUGUCUAAGAGCCUCAAGAAGAAGAACCACUGGACCAACAAAGUCCACGAAGCCGUGAUAACGCGUGGGAAGGAUGGGGAGCUGGGGUUCGAGCUGAAAGGAGGCGCGGAGAACGGCCAGUUCCCCUACUUCGGCGAGGUGAAGCAGGGGAAGGGACUGAUCCAGAGCGGCAAACUGGCCCAGGACGAGCUGCUGCUGGAGGUCAACGACAUGCCAGUGGCUGGACUCACCACCCGGGACGUGCUGGCCGUGAUUAAACACUGCAAAGACCCGGUCCGCUUCAAAUGUGUCAAACAAGGGGGAGUGGUUGACAAGGAUUUGCGGCACUACCUCAACCUGCGCUUCUCCAAGGGCUCUGUGGACCACGACCAUCAGCAGAUCAUCCGAGAUAACCUCUAUCUCCGCACCGUUCCCUGUACCACCAGGCAGCCUAAGGAGGGGGAGGUGCCGGGGGUGGACUACAACUUUGUGAGUGUGGAGCGUUUUAUGGAACUAGAGCAAAGUGGAGCCCUGCUAGAGAGUGGAACAUAUGAAGAUAACUUUUACGGCACACCAAAACCUCCAGCAGAGCCGUCCCCCGCAGCCCCUCCUCUGAAUGUGAGUGAGGCCCUCCUGCCUGGAGCCCGGCCCAGCGCCCAGGGCAAGAGGAAGAGGAACCAGUCAGUCAGCAACAUGGAGCAGCGCGCCAGCCUAGAGCCGCCCGAGGAGGAGGAAGAGGAGAGUCCGGUUGUCAAUGGCAAUGGCGUUGCCAUCACACCAGAGUCCAGUGAACACGAGGACAAGAGCACAGAUGCCUCUGGGGAGAUUGCUGUUGAGGUGUCCAGCCAGGCCCCAGCCUCCAUGGAGCCCCCUACUGAAGGAGAAGAAGCCCCACAUUCUCCCCCUAAAUCUCCCAUCAAGGUCCCAGAUGUAGAUGAGGAAGAGCUCGGCCCUCUGCCAGACAACUGGGAGAUGGCCUACACCGAGAAGGGGGAGGUCUACUUCAUCGAUCACAACACCAAAACAACAUCGUGGCUGGAUCCUCGGCUCGCAAAGAAAGCAAAGCCACCCGAAGAAUGCAGCGAAGACGAGCUGCCCUAUGGCUGGGAGAAGAUAGACGACCCCAUCUACGGCAGCUACUACGUAGAUCACAUCAACCGAAGGACUCAGUUUGAGAACCCAGUCAUCGAGGCCAAGAGACGCCUGGAGCAGCAGCAGCAGAUUCAGAGUCAGGGUCUGUCUGCUCUACCAUUGCCCACCAUAUACAGAGAGAAGCCAUUAUUUACGAGGGACCCGACCCAGCUGAAGGGCACCUUCCUGUCCACAGGCCUGCAGAAAAGCAACAUGGGCUUUGGCUUCACGAUCAUAGGAGGUGACGAACCUGACGAGUUCCUGCAAGUGAAGAGCGUAAUACCAGACGGACCCGCCGCUCAGGACGCAAAGAUGGACACAGGUGACGUCAUCGUCUACAUUAACGACAUCUGCGUGCUCGGCACCACACACGCUGACGUGGUCAAACUGUUUCAGUCCGUACCCAUCGGUCAGAGCGUGACCCUCGUGCUCUGUCGAGGAUAUCCUUUGCCUUUUGACCCCGAGGACCAAAGUGGAGCGGCGAGUACCUCUCUGACACCGAUUGGCCUGGAGCACCGCCCCCUGGUGGUGAACGGCCGUGGCAGUUACGACCCAUACCUGGAGUACCUGUCGCUGAGCUCUCAGCUGCCUCCUCAGGCUCUGGCCCAGUCUGGAGGGCAUCACCCCGGUGACACGCACCUCGACGGCUCGUCCCUGCCGCCAACCACGCCCGGGUCGGCCUCAGCGCUCACGCCUCACGAUGACGUUUCCAUGGGCUCCACGGGAAAUGCAGGGGUUCCUGGGGCAACAGCACAAGGGGCGGAGCUGCUGACUGUUACCAUGGUGAAAGGGGUGGAGGGAUUUGGCUUCACCAUUGCCGACAGUCCGACUGGUCAGCGUGUUAAACAGGUGUUGGAUCCAGGCUCACAGGGAGCUGCGUCAGGGUUGAUAGAAGGCGACCUGAUCCUGGAGGUGAACCAGCAGCCGGUGGCUGCAGCUGGACAUGGACGAGUGGUGGAGAUGCUGAAGGAGUGUCCUGUGGGAGCUGAGGCAACACUGGUUAUACAGAGAGGAACAGGCCACAUCUCUCCAUGGAAAGCCUCCAAACAGUUGACUGACCAGUGGGACCCACACGGCAGCCCCCAGGCAAACCUGUCUGGCGCAGUCUUGCCGCCGGGCACGCCCUUUCCAAACCAGCCACAGCACCGCACCUCCGUGCCCGACUCAACUGAGGGCUUCGACCUCAACAAACCUGAUCCUUACGACCUUUAUGAGAAGUCAAGGGCAAUCUACGAAAGCAGACGUCCCGAGUAUGAAGAGGUGGAAGUGCACCUGCUGAGGGAGAAGACUGGGUUCGGCUUUCGCAUCCUGGGCGGAGACGAGGCCGUGCAGGCUGUGAGUCCGGACGCCCGUGACAAGAUCGUGAUUGGGGCCAUAAUAGAGAACACACCCGCUGAGCGCGACGGGCGGCUUCGACCUGGGGACGAGCUCAUUUCUGUGGACAAAAACGUGGUUGCUGGGAAACCACACAAAUACGUAAUAGACUUGAUGCAUGCAGCCGCUCGCAACGGACAAGUCAGCCUGACUGUGAGGAGGAGAGUGCAAAUGCCUGGUGAACCGUGUCCAGUGAACGGCCGCAGUCCAGGCUCAGUGUCGACACAGCACAGCUCCCCACGCAGCGACGCGGCCUCGGCGUCGGGACCUCCGGCGGCUGCUAUCCCCGCUGUCACCUCUCCUCCAGAGGCAUCCACGCUGCAAACCAGUGAUGUGGUUAUUCACCGCAAGGAGAAUGAGGGCUUCGGCUUCGUCAUCAUCAGCUCCCUGAACAGACCGGAGAAUGCCGCCGUCAUCACUGUGCCUCAUAAAAUUGGACGGAUCAUCGAGGGCAGCCCAGCAGACCGAUGUGGGAAGCUGAAGGUGGGCGACCGUAUCCUGGCCGUGAACGGACAGUCCAUCAUCAGUAUGCCGCACGCAGACAUAGUCAAGCUCAUUAAAGAUGCAGGACUCACAGUCACGCUGCACAUUAUACCAGAGGAGGGUUCCCAUUCUGGACCCAGCUCAGAGAAGCAGAGCCCCUUGACCCAGAAACACAGCCCACAGACCCAGCCCAGUCCUGUAGCCCAGCCAGGCCAAGGAGGCAUCCAACCUGGCCAAGCAGCUCCUCAGCCGGUCCAAACAGCCACACAGCCAGGUCAAGCACCUGUCCAGCCCGGCCAGGCACUAGUUCAGACAAGUCAAACAGUGGCUGGGCCUCCUGCACCAGCAACCUCCCAUCCUGCAUCAGCUGUGAACCAGCAAAGCCCGGUGACCCAGCCCUCUGGCCUCCCUCCACAGCUGUACCUUCACGACGGCAGGUCAGAGGUAAAAGCCAGACAGGAUGUCAAACCUGACUUCCGUCACCCUACAUUCACUGAUUACAGGCAACCUCCAGUCGAUUAUCGCCACCCACCGGUUACCGAUUAUCGCCAGCCUCCCACUCUGGACUACAGACACCCACCCGGUCUGCUGGACUUCCGACAGCAUCCUGCAGCUGCACAGUUCCCACUGGGCAUCCCUGCUGACUUCAGACCACAGGACUUUGAUUACUUCACGGUGGAGCUGGAGAAAAGUGCGAAAGGUUUCGGCUUCAGUAUCCGCGGGGGCAGAGAGUACAAGAUGGACCUGUUUGUUUUGCGCCUCGCUGAGGACGGUCCUGCCAUAAGAAACGGGAGGAUGAGGGUGGGGGAUCAGAUCAUAGAGAUUAAUGGGGACAGCACUCGAGACAUGACUCAUGCCCGUGCCAUCGAAUUGAUCAAAGCGGGAGGCAGGAGGGUCAGGCUGCUGCUGAAGAGAGGCACAGGACAGGUGCCAGAAUAUGACUGUAUCGGCCCCUGGGAUUCCCUUUCUACAGCCCACUCUGCCCUGCAGGAAGUGACCCUCGAGCCCCACCCGAAUCCAUUGCUCUCAUCCCAUCCAGCCUCAGCCCCAGACUCCCCUCAUCAUCUCCCUCUAGAGGCCACAGUGUGCAUGGCAGACAAAGCUCCACAGCUGACAGACCAUGGCUCCAUUAGAGGGGCUACAGGUGGCAGGUCCACCCAGCAGAAGUGCAUCGUCAGGGGGCAGAUAGAGGUGGACUGUGGACCAGGCGACAGACAGCCUCGGGCUUUGCCUCCUAAAGCUUUCCUGGGAAGGUCAGCUGAAAGACGUGAGAGGCAAAAGGAGGCUUGCUCCCCCUGCUGUGAAAGAAAGGGGCUGCACACGCAGGUGAUGAGCACCGUGUGGCCGUGGGACACAUAUGUGAGUGUGAAUUCCAAUGGAGCCUCUUUGGCCAGCGGGGAUGGACAUGUCAGCCUCCAGGAGAGGCCGGUGUCCAGAGGUGUGUUCCCCAGAGAAGAUGAGAGGGCCAGUGGCCAUAGUGGGCUCUGCUGCCCCUCCAAAACUGUGGAGGAUCCUCCCGUGAGGAGCGCAGCUGCCUCCCCUGGGCCCUGGAAUGUCCCCGGCUCUGAAAAACUGCCUGGUACCCUGAGGUCCUGGACCUCCACAGUAAGCAGGUAGAACGGAUCUCGGUGUUUUGAACUGGAUCACACUGUCUGGCUCCUCAUUCAGUUCACCAUUGGAUGAAGAUCUCCCCUCCUCUCUCACUCCCUCCCUCCCUCUGUCUCUUUCUGUCCUGUUAUUGUUUUCCAUGUACUUCUGAAAUCAUGUUUUGUUCUUACAGUAUGAUUAUUACACCCACUACCUUAAAAACAGAGAAACUUUCACAGUUAUUGUAAGAUACAAUGUAAAACCUGACGGACACGACUCAGUGCAAAGGCAUUUUGGACCCUCGGCUGCAAGAGUCACAGAUGGAGCAGCAGUGUCUGAUUUUGAGUGGGGUUGCGCUUUUGAUGCACACUCUUAUCCACUCGAAUGGCUGUCAUUGGUUAGCGCAACAUAAACUCAGAUGGAAAAAGGCUCCUCAUGGCAGAGACACAUACGGUCAGAGAGCCAAGAGAUUUACUUGUGCUCCGUGCAGUCGAAUGAGCGAGACUACAAAUCUGUCGGCUGGAGGAAAGAAACGCUGAAAAUCCUGGAGGAUGAGGAGGACUGACCCGAGUGACAGCCUGGCUCGCCCGGCAUAUGCUACGAUCUCACACGCCUACCAAUAUAUCAUAUACUGUAAAUGUAAAGAUGCGAAAAAUAUGUACAUUUGGUAAUCUCAAAAACAUACCUGUCUGUUUUUUGUUUGUUUUUGUUUUUUGAGGCCUUGUUGUAGUUAAAACAUUGUAAAGAAAGGAUUAAAAAGAACACACACACAUACACACACAAGAGAGUAUUUUAGAAACACUAUUUCCACGGCCUCCUCUAUGACUACAUAUCAAAGACUGUGACAGUCACCAAACCCAGACUGCUGAGCGAGACAGUCGUCGUAUGCAUGGAUGUAAACCACCAUGUCAUUACACAGGGACUCACAUGUCUUCUCGGAGUAGAAUUUAGGGAGGACGUCCUCUGUGGAGAUGACCAGUUACAUGAGACAAAGAAGAUUUGUUUUGGAACUUUUGGGUGACUAACAACUGUUGCUUCGGUAAGAACUCAUAGUACCUUUUUGAGUUGUGUACACAGCGAGAUCACGAGUCAUCCACGCAGUCAUUGUGCAGAAUUAUACGCUGUGCUGUAUUCAUUUGACGCUCGACAGAAAAAUUGUGUCCAGUCUAUAUUUCCCAUUUCUAUGCCUUUUACUGUGCUAAUCGUACCACAUCACUGUGGGAGAUGGGUAUCGGUGUGGUGGGGGAAGAGGGGGGGCCGAGGGUUAUGAGGUGGGCCGGAGUGCCUUGCUCACACUAAUGCAGAGCUGUCUCUGUCGGGAUUUGUUUUGGGAACUGAAUGCAAAACAGAUAGUUAAUGACCAUGCACACAUAUCAGCAGCCUGUUGAGUUGUGGAGCCUGUUUUCUUCAGACUUAACAUGGAGCAGUAUGUACAGUAAUCUUGAUGCACUCUCAGCUUUAUAGCCUAUCAAAGUCUCUGACUGCCCUUGUCCUUGUAGUGUUAAAGAGGUGAUCCAAUGUAGCCUGUAGCAUUACAUCCUCUUCUUAGAGCGUGAUCUGGUAUCGAGUCGAGCUGAGAACGUUGUUGCAGACAGGGUUUGUUAUCUAAGUGGACCAUGGUUUCUGUCGUGUGUGUGUAAUUUCUGCUUUAUUUGUCUAUUCCACACAACUGCAGACAGUGGCAAAACUCGGAAUCUGAACCCAAAUUAUUUGGACAUCUGUGAAACAGUAAUGCAUUGUUGGGUCACAAAGUUUCGACUGUCGAGGCAUGCUGCUAUUACAGUAUGUCACUGUCCUCCUAUAUUCCUCCAUUUUGAAAUCAUUUGUUUUCUGUCAAGCUGUUUGCUUUCCUUUAAAAAAAAAAAGAGAAAAAAAAGAGUCACUAGAGAUUUUGAGUUACAAAAAUAACAAAUAAUCACAGUGCAUUGUUCAAAAUGUGACUGGUUGAAUGCAGCAUGAUGGCAGAGCCAAGCAGUAUUUGUAAACUGGUGUACACCUAUUGUCAAACUGCUUUUGUUGUGUCUGCAGACUGGGAUACAAAAAAGGAUCAUGUGGACUGAACUGGAUGGAUUCUGAGUGGCUUCUGGGUAAAAACAUGUGGUCUGGAUGUUUCUGAACUGACAGGAAAAGUUAAAUUUGAUGUUAUUAACAUGUCACCAGUCUGAAGAGGGUGAAAGAAAAUGUCAUCCAGCUCUUUGUCUCCACCCAGACCAUCCUCCUGCCUGCUCUGAGUGUUUUUGUAUACAGAAAUAAAAAAAAAGAAGAAGAUAAUAAUGCUUUAUCAAAACCUGUGAAGGGUGGCACGUUCAUACAGUAAAUCCCCAAUCAGAUCAAGUAUAACUGUGUAGUGUUAAUUGUGUACUAUUCACCCUGUACAGCUGUAUUCCUACAAAUAUGGUUUACUGUAUCAUUGAUACUGUAGUUUCAAAGACGUGAACAACUAUUUUUAUGAAAUGCGACAGUACUGAUAUAUUACAUUUUGCUAAAAAAAUAGAAAAAAACUUGUUUACUGAAAGAUAUUCUGAAAUACUGUCAAAUAAACUCUUGACAUGGUGUAAAAUA